UGGAAGCUAAAUCGUUUGUAGCUGUAGGAACAGCCUUGCCACUUCUCAAAAAAUAGUUAUAAACCCCAUUGGAUCCCAUCUAAUCUCUCAUUUGGAAAAGCAGGAAUUGUUGGUGAAGAAAAGUCUUUCGAGGGGCAUUACCGCGUGAAGGUCAGCUAGGUUGUGCAGCAGAAAAUGGGGUCGCAGGAUCGUUUGGACAAGAUGCAGAUGCGUCAGAAUUAUCGAAACCUAUGGCACACCGAUCUCAUGCGCACGAUUCAGCAGGAUCCUCCUUAUUGCUGCUUGUCACUUUGGUGUGGACCCUGUGUAUCAUAUAUGCUCCGCAAAAGAGCUCUUUACAAUGACAUGUCCAGGUAUACCUGUUGUGCCGGAUAUCUACCUUGUAGUGGUAGGUGCGGUGAAAGUCGAUGCCCUGAAUGUUGCCUUGCAACUGAGGUCAUCCUAUGCUUUGGAAAUUCUGUGGCCUCAACUCGGUUUUUGCUGCAAGAUGAAUUCAACAUACAAACGACUCAGUGUGAUAAUUGCAUUAUUGGGUUUAUGUUCUGCCUCCAACAAAUUGCUUGCAUUUUUUCUAUCGUUGCUAUGAUUGUUGGAAGUGAUGAACUCUCAGAGGCCUCCCAGAUUUUGUCUUGCCUAGCUGAUAUGGUGUAUUGCACGGUCUGCGCUUGUAUGCAGACACAACACAAGAUUGAAAUGGACAAGCGAGACGGUAAGUUUGGCCCAGCACCAGCUAUGGCAGUGCCACCUGUCCAGCAAAUGUCACGUCUCGAUCAGCCAUAUCCAUCUGCUGCUGGAUAUCCACACCCUGGAUAUGGGCAACCAGCUUAUCCCCAGCCCGGUGGUUAUCCUCCCCCUCCGCCAGGACAUUAUCCUCCGCCUCAGGCAGGCGGCUAUCCUCCACCUCCCCCGCCAGGUGGUUACCCUCCACAGGCUGCUGGUUACCCACCUCCAGCUGGCUAUCCUCCUGCUGGGUACCCUGCUCCUGGCUAUCCAAAGUAACAUUCUUCCAUAGGUAAAUGUUUUCGAAUCACCAAUCCAGAAGCUUGCUUGUGUGAUUACUCAUUGUGCCGUAUUCCCCCGCUCCUGAUUUUGUACCUAUAUGAUGGGAAAAUGGAAUGCGAUCGCACUCUCGACUACAGACAUUAUAGACCACAAUUGUUUGGUACAUAUAUUUGUUUGGGACACAACUCUUACAUGUUGCAAAGGAUUAUUUAUACUUUUGUGCCUUA